AUGAGGACUCUUCCUGUACCUAGGCUUGUGCAACAUCAAGCCUCAACCUCCAUAGAAAUAAAAGUCUUUUUAAUAAGUGUUUUGUCUGCCUGUACGGAAGUGCAUCACAGGCGCAGUGCCUGUGGUGGCCAGAAGAGGGCGGAGGAGCUCCUGGAAAUGGAGCAAGAGCUAGCUGGGACCCUCCUUGUGGGUUCCUCUCUCCGAACUUAGGUCCUUUUCAAGAAGCAAUUAGCACCCUACGACUCUUCAGCCCCAUUUUAAAUAUUAAGACGAUAAUCAACGAAAAACACUGAAUAUUUUUCAAAAAUCGACCUCUCUUUCCCUCCUUUCUUUUCCUCUCUUUUUGUUCUUCGAGACCGGAUUUCUGUGUAGCCUUUGCUGUCCUGGACUCGUUUGCACACCAGGCUGGCCUCGAACUCCCACAUCCCCCUGCCUCUACCCCUCCGAGUGCUGGGAUUGCGGGUGCGUUCCACCGCGUCCGGCUGAAGGUUGAUUUUAAGAGCAUUCUCCCCGUUUUUACGUUCUGAGCUUCGGUUACGUUCUUUCGUCCCGGUGCACGCUCACAGGGAGUCAGGCCACACUUGCAGACUGUGUGGUCUGCUGGUGUUUUCUAGAGUCCUGGCGAGAGAGGGCGCGCGGUCCUGCGUGUCGCCGGAAUUCGGGGCGCAGCGGCGUAAGCGCUCCAGCGGGCCCCGGUCCUCCUCCCGGGCUGCUCCGUCCGCACAGCGACGCCCCUUCCACUGCUUUGACCUGUAUUGACUUUCCGAAUCACGACGGUCGUGAGCCGGGGCUUCCUGACGGCUUCCUCGCUUUACGGCAGCAGCUAUGGCGGCGUUCGGUGUACGGUUUGAAAGCGCCAGUCGUAUCGCAGAGCGGAAGGAGCAGACCCGAGCUGCCAGGGCCGCGGUGUUACGGCAGGUACCCGCUGUGGAGGGUUGUCCCUCUCUGUGAGCCGGGCUCGCCCCGAGGGCUUCCCGGCGCGCGGGGCGGCGUUCCCGGAGCGGCGACCCUCGGCUGCGGAAAUGACCGUCUUCGUCGCAGACCGGGUCUGGGAUGUGGUCGGGAGCUGCAGGACUCUGGCGGCGGCCCACCCUCCCCCGACGGUUCCGCGUCCCGCCUCGUCUGCGGGUGGUUCCUGGCCCACCGCGCCGCGGCCCGCUCCGCUUGCUCAUGACUGGUUCCUCCGGCUUGGCCAAAGACAGUUUUGAAAAAGAACAAAGGCGUAAAGAACUGAAGCAACUUCGAGGUGAGGACACAUGGAUGCUGCCUGAUGUCAAUGAGCGAAUUGAACAGUUCUCACAGGAACAUUCUGUGAAGAAAAAGAAGAAAAAGGGCAAGCAUUCAAAAAAAGAGAAGAAAGAGAAGAAAAAGAAGAGCAAGAAACAGAAAUGUGAAAAACAGAGUGAGUCGACUGACAGUUCCUCAAGCUCUGAAGUUGAGUGGGUUGAGGCCCAACCCUCCCAGACACCUGACAAAGAAAAGACCUGGAAAGUGAAAGACAAAAGGCCAGAAAAAGAAUGUGACAGCCAUGUUAUUCAGCGGGAUGAGUGGAUGACUGUUGAUUUUAUGUCUGUUAAAACUGUGUCGUCAUCAUCACUCAAAGCUGAAAAGGAAACUCUACAGAAAAUAGAGCAGGAGAAAGCCCAAGCACUGCUGCAGUCCACACUUCUAGAAAGAGAACUGAAUCCAUACUGGAAGGACGGUGGGACAGGUCUCCCAUCAGAAAAUUGUAUACCCUCAGUUACUAAAGCUACUGGAGUAGAGGAUGGUGGAUUAAGCUGGCUAAGAAAGUCUUAUCAAAGAAUGAAGGAACAAGCGCAAAAAGAAAACAGAAAAUUUGAAGAUAUUGUAGCUGAAAAAUAUGGAUCAAUGGAAAUAUUCCAGUCAAAGUUAAAAGAAGCCGAAAAGAUUGCCUACAGGAGAGACUGUGGACGGGAGCGGUGGAGGAGGCCUGCGCGGCCAGACAGAGGACAGUGUGGUCGAGUGGGCGGCACAUCGGAGUUAGGGACACUGGAACGGUGCACAGACGGCAGACUUCCCGAGACCGAGCUUGCACACAGCAGCAGCAACUGUCCGUUGAGUGGUCUUAACGCGGGGAAGAGACCUGGGUCUUUAGAAACCUGUAGAAGAGAAUCCGCCCUAAGAAAAAGCCAAGAAUAUUCUGGAAAUUUGAGACCUAAAUUCUUGAAACCCUCUGAUGAGGAUGAACUGUCAUCCCGCAGCAAGAGAAGAAAUUUUGAAUCAUCUACUUUAUCUUCUACAUUAGUGGCUCGGACUCCUUUACAUUGUGAUUUUCAAAAACCCCCAGAGAGCAGUGAAGAAAGUUUGACAUCCUGGAGCCUGUCUGGUAAGCGGGAAGGAGAGGGGAAGCACUCAGAUCAAAAGCCGUCGGAACCCUGGAGUUGCGGUGCUGAUCAGCACUCUGCAGGAGACAGGAGAGAACAGCUUCAGGCUGAGAGCGCAAGGGCUGACUCUCCAGCAAGAGGACAUCCGCAGGACGCAAGUCCAGGGGCAGAGUUCACCCAUAUCUUGAGUAUUGAUGAAAAGAACAAGUUGGGGGCCAGGAUUCUCAAAGCAGAGAUGAUGGGGAAUAUGGAAUUAGCUGAACAUCUUAAAGCCCAACUUGAAGAGGCAAAUAAAUUUAAAGAAACUGCUACACAGAUAUCAGCAAAAAGAUCAAGGGUAGAGCAUGAAGAUGAACAAGAAGUGAUCCUUAUGAAAACAGAUGAGUCUGGAAGAAUAUGGCCUAUGAACACCCCGAAAGAAACCCUGGAUCUGAAAGCAAAAAGAACGAACAGACAAAGGGUUUCAACCCAUGAGGGUAAAGAAAGGAUCCGAUACUUUCCUGAUGAUGACCAUCUGUGUCUCAAAGAUUUAGUCAAGAAUGAGAAGAUGGGAACAGAUACCAAUCAAAACAGACUUUUCAUGAGAAUGGCAUCUAAGUUUAUGGGAAAAUCAGAUGGAGACUAUUAUACUUUGGAUGACAUGUUUGUCUCCAAAGCAGCUGAGAAGGAACAUCUUGGUAAAGAGGAAGAGAACCAGAGGAGAAGAGCAGUAGCUGAGCACCAGAGUCUUGCUGCACAAAUGGCAAAGUGUUUGUACUGUUUUGACAGCACCCAGUUCCCUAAGCACCUUAUUGUUGCAAUUGGUGUGAAGGUUUACUUGUGUUUGCCCAAUUGUCGGUCUCUCACUGAGGGCCACUGCCUCAUCGUUCCUCUGCAGCAUCACCAAGCAGCCACUGUAUUGGAUGAAGAUAUCUGGGAGGAGAUUCAGAUGUUUCGGAAAUCAUUGGUAAAGAUGUUUGAAGAUAAAGGAUUGGAUUGUGUCUUUUUAGAGACUCAUAUGGGCAUGAAGAAACGGUACCACAUGGUUUAUGAGUGUAUCCCUCUCCCAAAGGAAGUGGGUGAUAUGGCUCCCAUCUAUUUCAAGAAAGCCAUAAUGGAAUCUGAUGAAGAAUGGUCCAUGAAUAAGAAGCUGAUUGAUUUGUCUUCAAAAGAUAUUAGGAAGUCUGUGCCCAGAGGCUUGCCUUACUUUGCUGUAGACUUUGGCCUUCAAGGAGGAUUUGCCCAUGUCAUUGAAGAUCAACACAAAUUUCCUCAUUACUUUGGAAAGGAAAUCAUUGGUGGUAUGCUGGAUCUAGAGCCCAGGCUCUGGAGGAAGGGGAUCCAGGAAAGCUUUGAGGACCAGCGGAAGAAAGCGUUGCAGUUUGCUCAGUGGUGGAAACCGUAUGAUGUCACCAAAAGUGAAAGCUGUUAAGUGUGUGUCGUACAUCGUUCCCUCUGCUGAGCCCAUUCGCGUUAUGCCGGUUCCUUCUACGCACACCUGUGCCUGGGGCCCAGGGAAAGCAACCGCAGGGCCCUCUCAUUAUGACGUCCAUAUGGGUCAAGUUGUCUUUCAGCUUGACUCCUAGGGACUUGAUUUGGGUGAUUGUGGAGUAAGAGCAAGUAUGUCAAGAUUGUCGGCUCACAUUCCUUUCUGGGUCUACUUCUGACUGUUCCAAAUUACUCGGUUACUCUAGAGAAGGAGUUGUUUCUGGAGGUCUAGCAUGGCUUCAGGGGAAAUCGGGUCUGCUUCCAGGUAGAGUAUGUCACCUGGCCUCUUUAAAAUAAUACUGGGUGUGUGCAGUACUAAUUGAAAUUUAUUUUUCAUGGUUUUAUAGAAGUUUUUUUUUUUUUUUUUUUUUUUUUUUUUUUUUUUUUUACUAGUAGCAUAUAAUAUCACUAUAGUAUCUUCACUAAAAAAAAUUAAAGGAUUAAAUGAUAAUGAAAAUAUGCAUUUUUUAUUUUUGGACUUUUAAAUGGUCUGAAUUUUGGUAAUCUUAAAGGUGAUUAUUUUAAGUAAUUCUCAGUUGUUUGGGGUUCAUGUAAAGCUAAAAUCUGUAGCCAGAUCACUGCAUCGGGUAUUAAUGUCUCAAAUGUUAAAGAUGUUAAGUAUUAGGUUGUUCUCGUUUUUCUACUUGAUUAAAUGCACUUACAUUUUAUUGUUUUAAACAUUUGAUUUUGAGAAAGCCUUGUAUUUAAAAAAUAUGAAUUGUAGUAAGUCUUUAACAUGUUUUUAAAAUGUGACAUUUUGUUAUAAAAUGCUAAUACUUAGAAUCAGUAUGAAGUGUGCUCCAGGAUAACUCAUGUUUAAUGUCAGCUUGUCACUGUUUCCAUGUUUGUUCUUUGUAUACUACAAAGAUUUUUGUUCUUUUCAAAUUUUACAAAUGUGUUGAAGCUUAAUGGUUUUAAUCUUCAAUAUUUAUAAGUUACAUCUAAGUGUGUAUAUGUACAUAUAUAGAUAUAUGGUAUCAUAGUCUUUUCACUAUUAGAUUUGUAUUGAGUCUUAUGUUCAUUUCUUAAUCAGUGAGUUAAAACAUUUGAUUAUAAAGUACUAUUUAAGGUUGAUAGUUCAAAAAAUAUAAAUACUCCUGCCCCAAAUUCUACUGAAUCUGUAGCAUGUCUAUCCCAACUGAACUCUUGGUUCCAGUUGCUUCUUGAUACACAAUCAAUUCCUCAAAACCUCAAUGGCUUGUAAUAAUAGCUAUUAUCUUGUAACCUAUAGUUAGGGAUUUUCAUGAUUUGCCUUUACAUUAUGAUGUCUAGGUCCUUGGCUAAAGUGGUUCAAAUAUCUGGAGAUGAUGGGACUCGUGUGUGGGAGGACGUCUGUUCUUUAUACUGCAAAUGUUGGUUCUGGAAUAUUCUGUGUGGCUUUGUCACUUACCUGUCUAGUGCCUGGGCUGAGGACCAGCUGGGUAUCUUCUGGUCUCAGAUAUUCAGAUAGUCGGAAUUCCUCUCUUCCUUAAACUCCCCAGAGCAACUAUUCCAAAGGAAAACUCUAAGAAAUGGGACAUGCCAGCCCCCAGGGCAGAGCCCAGAUUCUGAUACAGCUUGAGAUUUCUAUGCCGUGUUUGCCAACCUUAACUUAAAGCCUGCCUACAUCUAAGAAGAUGGGAGGGUUGAGUACGAUAGUACAAGCCUUUAAUCCCCACCCUUCGGAGGCAGGCAGGUCUCUGUGAGUUCAAGGCCAGUCUGGUUUACAUAGUCAAUUCCAGGUCAGCCAGGACUACAUAGAGAUCUAAUCUCAAACAAAACAAAACUUCUGGGAGGAUAUUGGGGAGGGGUGCAGGUUCUAGCUGAGACCAGCAGGGGUCAUGGAGACUGAAGAGGACACCCUUUAACUAGACAAGACUCCUAUUCAGAGGGGGAGAAGAACGCAAACCCACCCACAAAAAUUUCAACUCAAAAUUUACCCUGCCUACAAGAUGUGCAGAGAAAAAGGUAAGGCAGAGAUUGAAGGACUAUCCAACCAAUUCCUGGCCCAACUUGAGACCCACCACGUCAUGGGAGAGAGCCAACCCCUGACACUAUUAAGGUUCCUCUGCUAUGCUUGCAGGCAGAAGAUUAGCUUAACUGUCCUCUGAGAGGCUCCACCCAGCAGUGGAUCAAAACAGAUGCUGAGAUUCACAGCCAGACAUUGGGGGAAGCAUAAGGAGUUUUGUGGAAAAGUGAGGGAAGAAUAGAAAGACUUGGAGGUGAAAGGAGCUCCAUAAGAAGUCCAACAAAAACAGCUAACCAAGGGCCCAUAGAGGCUUGCAGAGACUGAAGACCCAACCAAGGACCGCGCAUAGACUGUUCCUAUUCUACACAGCUGUAGUCAGUGGGCAGUACCAACUUUGUAUGGGUUCCCUAGUAAGGAGAGCCAGGGCUGUCUCCAUAGUGGACUCUUUUGCCUGCUUUUUGAUUACAUCCCCCUGGCAGAGCUGCCUCCCCAGGCCCCCGGGGAAGAAAAUGAGUUCAGUCCUGUGCAACUUGAUGAGCUGUGUGUUGGGGGGGGGGGGGGCUUUUUCUGAGGAAUAGGGAGGAGGAGAGGAAAUGAGGUUGGGACUGGAAGGAGAGGAGGGAGGGGACUAUGAUUAGAAUAUGAGGUGAAUAAAUUAAUUAAAAACAAAGGAGGGCGUCAUAGUAGGAGAAAUAUGAAAUCAUGUGAACUCUUUAGUUUUUUGCAAUUUAUUCUCUGUGUACAAAUUACAUUUCUCUCCUGUUUAAAAAGCAAACAACAAACAAAAAUCUCCUCUGUUCAAAUUCUCCUAAGAAAGCAUCAUUGUAGGGAGGUUUUAGGCUUAUGCUUAUGGUUCAGGGUUUCUCCUAAAGCAAGACGGAGGUAAAGAGCUACUGAGGUGUUUUUCCAUUCAACCUGAAGACCUGUAUACUUGGAGAAGCGAAUCUCCUCAUGCACAUACGCCAUUAAACCUACAGCAGUGAGAGAAGCAUAUGUCGGUGCAGUAUGCAGUCACUGAAGAGGAAGGAAGGCAGCUGGGAGACAUGUGUCAGUCCAUAUUCUCAAGUGAGUCUAAAGUUAAGUUGGGCAUAUGUUACUGUCUUCUGUAUUAGAGCCUCAGUCUGUUCUUAAGAAAAGUCUAGCUCUUUCCUCUAUUCUUUCUACUCUUAAUUAGCUGAGUUGACUUUCCUUAUGCAUGAGAAAUUGUUCAAGAAUUAUGCCUACCCUUACAAAGAUGUAGCAGAUGGGCAGUUUAGGCUUCAAGUGGGUAUUUUAGUAAGGGAAGUAGGGACUGCAUUGGACAUGGACUCACCAGCUUUUUGAUCACUUUCCCCUGGCAGGACUGCCUUGGCAAGCCACAAGGGAAGAGGACUUGUUCAGUCCUGAUGCAACUUGAUGAGCUGGGGUGGAUGGGAAGAGGAGAGAGGAAGAGAGAGAGGGUAGGACUGGGAGAGGAUGAGGGAAGGCGCUAUAAGGAUGAAAAGUGAAUAAAAUAAAUGGGGGGGGAGAGAAUUAUGCUUUGAGGCAAGAUAGUGUGAUUAUAUUUCCUACCUGCCUAAAACCACCACCAGAUGACAUAAAUCAAACCAUGAUUUCCAGGUAAAGAGAAUCGGAAUCAUAGAACAAAGUUCAGUGAUUGCCGAGAAACAGAAAACAAGUGAGAUGACUUCUUGAAAUCCCUCUCCUUCCACUUUGAGUAUAUCUAUGCUUUGGUUCAAGGUGGGGGACACAGGAAAAACCUAUUGCAUUACUCCACUGAAGAAAAGCAGUUUUGAGCACAGCCCUAGACCAUAAGGCAGUUACUUAAGGAGAGUUUGCUGAACAGAGAUGUGCAGAGAGCCAUCCUUCAGGCUAUGUAUGAGGCUUUCUUUGGCUAAAGAUUAACAUGCUUGAGAGAGUUACCAGUAACAUUUUUUAUUUGCUAGAAUGUAAAAUGUCAUAAUUUCCUGGGAAUUGGGGAGACAGGGUUAGCACAUAGCAUAAAAUAAUAGGUUUGGUAUUUUAGAAUUAUUACUUCCAGUUUAAGUACUGAUCUAGUUUUGAGAAGCAGAUCCUAGAAGUAAGAGUCAUUGGUGUCAAACUGUUUCCAAGCAACUUUUUUGUUGCCUAGAACAAAGCUCAAAAUAUUAAAAUGAAAAAUAUUUUUAUUAGAACACA